AUGGCAAAUCGAGUCAACAACAUGAGAAGAAGAACACAAUUGCUUGAACAAGCAAGCAACCAAGAAGAAGCCAAAAAAUCGACAAUGGCGAGCGAGAAGAACGCCUGGUUCUCUGGGACAGAGGCUCUGAGAGAAGAAGAGAGAAAGAGAGAAGAUCUGAUUCUGCAGGGAGGAUUGGGAGCGCAGAAGCCCAAGGGAGCAAAAGCUGAAGCUGCUGAAAACCGGUCCAAGGUAAAGACUUUGGACCAGUUUAUUGAGGAAGCUGCAAACAGACAUAGAGCUGCCAGAGAUAAUCUGAAGAAUGUCACUGUCCCAGCCGAAGUCCUCAACACACCUGAUCGACCAAACACAAGCAGUGGUCUCCCCAAACCAUCUGAUCAACAAAAGACACGCCGUGGUCCAGCUCCCGCGCUACCUCAAAAGACCAUGGGAGCUGAAGUGGUUCAGAGCGCUGAUCAGCUUCCAUCUUUUCCGUUCGAUAAUUCUCCACGUUUUGGAGCUUCGCAAUCAGACCAGCGCAGUGAAUCAGACACCCCUCAAGUUGAAUGCGAAGCUGAAUUUAAUACACAAGUCGGAUUUGACGGCCAGGUUCGGCAUUACCUGUCUGAAUUUGAUGAUACUUUACGCCAAGAUUCUACAUUUAUGUGGAUUCCUGAAGAGCCAAGCCAGAAAACUAUAGUUGAUUUCAAACUUGGGAUUGCACCACAGAUUUACGGGUUUUUGAUAUCUUCCCAGGUCGAUCUUAAGAAAUUUCCAAGUCAGCUUCGAGUCAUCGCUCAAAACGGAGUUCGUGAUCUGAAGAAUAGGAAUGAAUGGAUUUCGGUCAAGAUGAUGGCCUGUUUGUGGAACAAGCUAUAUCUGAACAGUAAGUUCAACGGUGUAUCAGCCGAUAUUCAUCAAUACAAACUGGAACUCCAGAUGUGGACUACUUAUGUAAAUCCAGAUCCAGAAUCUUUCAGAGGUAUCAAUCCGAAAGGAAAGUCUGACUUGUGUCAUAAGUGUUCUGAAGCUGGUCACGCUUGGGACUUUUGCACUCAAACUUGUCGAUGGUGUCAUUGGUGCUCUGAUUUUUAUUGA